CAAACCAUGUCAAAGUACGCACCUCACCGUCGUUCCACAAACCAGCCAAGGGCAACGUCUUCCACCAUAUGCCAGAAGUGCCUCGGACGAGGUCAUUUCAUCUACGAAUGCAAGGAAUCUCGUCCUUAUGUCUCCCGACCUUCUCGCACACAACAACUCGAGAACCCACGUUUGCUUGCAAAACUAAAAGCUGAUGGAAAACCCUCUGUACAAGUUCCAGAAGAAUUCAAGAAAAAAACCGGUACUGCCAAUAUGAUCCUCGAGGCAAAAGAGAAGGAGCGAUCGAAAGAUGAGAAGGGGAAGGAGAAGGAGCGUCCACGAAAGAAGGCAAAGAGGUCGUCCUCAUCGUCGGGAUCCGACUCCGACUCUGACUCGGGCUCGUCGAAUUCUGAUUCAAGCUCAAGUCGUAGUUCUGGUUCGGACUCUGGCUCAUCUUCGGGUUCUUCGUCAGGGUCCUCGAGGUCAAGGAAACGAUCUCGAAAAAGACGCGUUGCGAGGAGGGGUCCAAGUCCCUCGAGUCGUGACGGCCAUUCAGACGACGAUUGAUAUUAUACACGGAUAUCCUGGGCCCAUUUG